AUGGUGCGCAGUUUGGUUCUUGUUUCUACACUUGCCUCUGUCGUUGCACAGACCGAAUGGCCAGCAUGUAUGGAGCAGAACACAGUAAUUCGCAAUGCUGGCAAGGCGCUCUUCACGAAUGUCGCUGGUAUUUUGAAUGAUUUUUCAGUAUAAAGAAUCAGUCAUUAUUCUAAUCGUCGUUCCUUUUUAUGAUCCAUUUGUUGAGAGGCGCGUGUCCUACUUGGUCUUGAUCUUCAUCAGUCUUGCACUACUAUAGUACUCUGCUGUUGUCGAUUCCAGGUUACGGAGCGGCGGCUGGGUGCUUCAUCGACGAUUGCAUUAAUACGGACAAGUUUGCGGUGUCGACUUUGGAAAAUUGUAUUGCAGUUUGCAACAGUGUACCUGAGUGUAACUGGUGGGUCUUUGGGGAAGAAGAGGGCAUGCAGAAGUGCUGGUAUUACUGUUGCACACAACUAGUAGUGCGAUAUACAUAUUAUGUAACAGCGGUCCUUAUGAUAAGUACAUAUUUCAGAUGGAUCAGAUAAUGUAGACUAAUGACUCUGCUCCGUUCAACAAAUAAAGGUAUAAUAUAGUACAACAGUCAUGGAAAAACGAAAAGUGCCUGUUGUACCUAACAGCAUAGUCAGACACGAAAACUCAUUAUUUAUUGCCGUCAAAGUCACUAAUGUUUGUUGUGUGCAAAAUUAGGUUGCGUGCUGCAGACGAUGGUAGGGAAGAGGCUGAAGGCUGGACUUCCGGAUCGAAAACGUGCCAGCCACCGGACACUGAGAGACUCAUUUUAGGCAAUACCGAAUGUUGGAUGGAUGGUUUUGACUACGACACCUGCUGCGACCCGAAAUUCGGUCCCAACGGAAACACGCAGUGCUGGGACGGCAUGUUCAACUUCAACCGUUGCUGCUUUCCCCGCAUGGAGCUGUAAACAGGAAUGACAUGGUCAAACACGAUGAAGCAUCGUAGAUGUCCACGAUUAACAAAAGUACACACUCACACGAUGAACAACUCCAUGACAGAUCGCACAAGUACCGUGACCUCACAUAAACACUACUGACAUGGGCAGCUACAAGCGGUAGGUCAUAAUAUCAUAGUUGUCACUUCACUUUAAACCCCGACGUCAGGAUACGAUUUCUUUGAUUCACAUCGUAUUGUGUUCAGCACAUGAUCAGUCACACAUGAACAUGUAUGCGAUCGGCAUUCUCUCGGCCGUCACUGAUCAGUAUUCAUUGGCCCACACUCUUACGAAAGACUUCUUGUACUCCCCACGGGAGAUAUAUUGUACCCUCUCUCCCCGAAUCUUCUCGUUUGAUCAGGGAACGUCAUGUGCAUGGAUUACACACGACACGCCCAUAGCAGAGACAUUGUUUUAGAAAAACGUGGCGCCUCCGCGUUCUGUAAAUAACGAGUUCUUCCUCGUCCCACACAGCAGCAUGUUGCUUGAAUGAUGAAUCAACUGUGGUGCAGAAGUCUGCAGCCGCAAGCCCUGAAAAUAU